AUGGACGACAGGCUAGAACCUGUGCAUGACAAUAUCGAGGUUGCGAUGACGGCGAAACCCUCCACACCCAGCAGCGAGCUUGUUGCAUUGAGCACUGGUUCUCGUUCGCACGAUCCUCUGGUCCUUGAGGGUGCUGCUGGCAGUGGCAGACAAGUGUAUAGGGUCUAUAAACGCCGUUUCUUAGGACUGGCCCAGUUGGUGUUGCUGAAUACGAUUGUUAGCUGGGAUUGGUUAACUUUCUCUGCUGUUUCGAAGACUGCCUCAGAGCACUUCCGCGUCUCGGAGGGCACGAUCAACUGGAUGAGCAUCGCCUUCCAGUUUGCCUUCUGUGUCUCAACACCUGUCGUCAUCUUGACCCUCAACAAAGGUGGGCCCAAGCAAUCAUUCACAGCAGCCGCCAUCCUCCUCCUUCUCGGCAACUGGAUUCGCUAUGCGGGCACAAGAGCGGGCAAUGGCAUAUUCGGCGUCGCAAUGCUAGGACAAAUAUUAAUCGGCCUUGCGCAACCGUUCUGCCUAAGUGCGCCCACGCGAUACAGUGAUCGAUGGUUCACAGGCAGCGGUCGAACCAGUGCCACGGCCAUCGCAACUCUUGCGAAUCCCUUUGGCGGCGCCCUGGGACAACUGAUAAGCCCACUAUUGGCGACAACGAGCUCAGAGAUUCCGAAUAUGGUGCUCUAUGUAUCUAUCAUUUCCACCGUCGUCUGCCUCCCAUCUUUCUUCAUCCCCUCCGCACCCCCAACCCCACCCACCCCCUCCUCAACCAUCAAGCGCAUCCCCCUCACCAAAUCCCCCAUGAAACUCCUCCGCUCGCUGGAAUUCUGGCUCAUCUUCAUCCCAUUCAUCGUCUACGUUGGCCUCUUCAACAGCAUUUCCUCCCUCCUAAACCAAAUCCUCCAACCGCACGGCUUCAGCGAAACCGAGGCAGGCAUCACGGGCGCCCUGCUGAUCGUCGUCGGCCUCAUAGCUGCCGCCAUCACCUCCCCCAUCACGGACCGCUACAAGAACUACCUACUCCUAACAAAGAUCCUCGUCCCCAUCAUCGCAGUCUGCUACAUCGGCUUCGUCUUCGCCCCACGCGCCAGCAGCGUCGCGGGACCCAAUGUCGUCGGCGCGCUACUAGGCGCAUCCAGUUUCGCAGUUCUGCCUGUCAUCCUCGAGUACCUAGUGGAAAUCACGUAUCCGAUGUCGCCGGAGGUCAGCAGUUCGAUCUGCUGGAUGGGCGGGCAGCUGCUGGGAGCGUCGUUUAUUAUUAUUGAGAAUGCGUUGAAGGAUGGGGAGAAUGCGAAUCCACCCAGGAAUAUGACGCGAGCGUUGAUUUUUCAGGCUGUGGUGGCGGCUGUGGUGGCGCCUGUGCCGCUCUUCUUAGGGCUAUUCGGGUGCGAAGUUCGGAAUAGGAGAUUUGAGGCGGAGACGGCGGCGGAGGCGGACGGGAGGCCUAACAGAAGAAAUAACGGUGAGGUAUAUUAUGUCACGGGGAAAGGAACAUAG